ACAAAAAAAAAAUAAUCACAAAGUCCACUUAACCUACGAGAUGCAAUUAAUAUGGGUGUAGAUGUGCUGUGGUCGGAACUAGGUUGGGGUUGGGGCCUUGGGGGUUCCAAUUUUAUGAAGGAGAAAGUAGAGUGGCAGUCAACUCCCUAUUCUGCAUUCUAUGUUCUAACCAAGACAAAGAUCACAUCUUUGGAGUAAAACCAUGUCCUCCUCUUCCCUGUUAUCUCGACUGCGUUCCUCUUCAAGAUUGCUUUACAGAUACAAUGCUUUGAAGAAUCUGUUUUUCCAAAAAAGGGCUCAUUCAGGCAGCCUCGCAGAGGGGAAAAUCCGCUCAGAAAAGGCACACCCAGGCUUCUCAUGGACUUCUGGCUCUUUAGUUCCCCUGGCCCUUGUAGUCUCCGCUGGUUCACUCGCUCUACAUGCCCAGACCGGCCAAUCAUUUAGUCUCUGCGAUUCUCCCAAUAUACAUCCCAGUGAGGAAGAUGGUGGCAAAGACAAAAUAGAUUAUGUUGUGAAGGGUUCUCACAUAUGUGUUCCACGAGAGCUUAUUGACGAAAUGAAAACAUUUUGUGAGGAUAAUAUGACAAUGGACUAUGAUGAGAGAUAUAAUCACGGGAAUCCACGAAAUAGUUUUCACAUGGCAGUGAAUAUCCCCGAUGUUGUGGUUUUCCCAAGGUCAGAGGAGGAGGUAUCUAAGAUAGCUAGAGCUUGCAACAAGUUUAAGGUACCGCUUGUACCUUAUGGUGGAGCCACAUCUAUUGAGGGUCACACCUUAUCUCCUAAUGGGGGCGUUUGCAUUGACUUGACAUUCAUGAAACGCAUAAAAGCAUUACAUGUAGAGGAUAUGGAUGUUGUGGUUGAACCUGGGAUUGGAUGGAUGGAGCUUAAUGAAUACUUAGAACCCCAUGGUCUCUUCUUCCCUCUUGAUCCUGGACCUGGAGCAACAAUUGGAGGUAUGUGUGCUACACGUUGCUCUGGCUCUUUGGCGGUAAGGUAUGGUACGAUGCGUGAUAAUGUCAUCAACCUUAAGGUUGUUCUAGCCAAUGGAGAUGUGGUCAAGACAGCCUCUCGGGCAAGAAAAAGUGCUGCAGGUUAUGAUUUGACGCGCCUGAUAAUUGGAAGUGAAGGAACCUUAGGAGUUAUCACUGAAGUUACUUUGCGCUUGCAGAAAAUUCCUCAAUCAUCAGUGGUUGCAAUGUGCAACUUCCCUACAAUCAAGGAUGCAGCAGAUGUUGCUAUAGCCACUAUGCUCUCUGGAAUUCAGGUGUCAAGAGUGGAACUGAUGGAUGAAGUCCAAGUGCGUGCCAUUAAUGUUGCAAAUGGAAAAAAACUGCCAGAACUUCCAACUCUUAUGUUUGAAUUCGUAGGCACAGAGGCAUAUGCACGCGAGCAAACUGAAAUUGUUCAGGAGAUAGCCGCUGAGCAUAAGAGCUCUGACUUUGUCUUUGCACAAGCUCCCGAAGAGAAAAAGGAACUUUGGAAGAUAAGGAAGGAGGCACUUUGGGCUUGUUUUGCUAUGGAGCCUAAUUUUGAAGCAAUGAUAACGGAUGUGUGUGUUCCUCUCUCACACCUUGCGGAGUUAAUUUCUCGAUCAAAACAAGAGCUGGAUGCCUCGCCACUAGUAUGCACAGUUGUAGCUCAUGCUGGCGAUGGUAACUUUCAUACGGUUAUACUAUUUGAUCCCACCAAAGAGGAUCACCGAAGAGAAGCCGAGAGGUUAAAUCACUUCAUGGUUCAACUUGCUCUAUCCAUGGAAGGCACGUGCUCCGGAGAACAUGGUGUUGGCACUGGGAAGAUGAAGUACCUGGAGAAAGAAGUCGGAAUAGAGAAUUUGCAGACGAUGAAGAGAAUAAAAGACGCUUUGGACCCCAACAAUAUCAUGAACCCAGGAAAGCUCAUCCCUCCCCAUGUUUGCUUCUAAAAGGGUAAUCUUUCUGUGUUCUUUCCCUUUUUCCAUUCACCUCUGUGUCUAUAAGACAUUUGUAUUUGCACCCUCACACUACAUACGGGUCGCGCACGAAGCCUCUUGAAAAUAGUGUCCUUACGAAGGCUUGCAUACAUUGCCCCCCCCAGAUCGGACCUACUAUUGAGUGGGACAUAUUAUGAUACUCAUAACAAUGUGCCCUUUGAUAAAAUAACAUAGUCAUGUCACC